AUGGCCGCACGCACUUUGAGGAUAGGCCUCAUCCCCGGCGACGGCAUCGGCCGCGAAGUAAUCCCCGCGGGUCGCCGCAUCCUCGAAGCGCUGCCCUCCUCCUUCGGCCUCAAGUUCUCCUUCUCGCACCACGAAGCCGGCUGGGAAACCUUCCAAAAGACCGGCGCCGCCCUCCCCGACGCAACCGUCGAGGCCCUCAAGUCUGACUGCGAUGGCGCUCUCUUCGGAGCCGUCAGCUCGCCUACCGUGCAAACAAAAGGCUACUCCAGCCCCAUUGUCGCCCUCCGCAAGAAGAUGAAGCUUUACGCCAACGUAAGGCCGGUUAAGAGCGUCAAGGGAGGCUUGAGGGAUGUGGAUUUGGUGAUUGUACGAGAGAACACCGAGGAUCUUUAUGUCAAGGAGGAGAAGACGUAUACGGCGCCUGAUGGAAGCAAAAUUGCCGAAGCAAUCAAGCGUAUCUCAGAAACGGCAUCGUUCAACAUCUCCGAAAUGGCGGGUGACAUCGCCCUCCGCCGGCAACGCGUUCGCGACGCCGGCGCCACAUCCAUCCACUCCUCCCCCUUGGUCACAAUUACACACAAAUCCAACGUGCUAUCCCAAACUGACGGCCUCUUCCGCGAAACCGCCCGCCGAGCACUCCAAAACAGGAAGUACCAGAUGGUCAAUGUGGAGGAGCAGAUCGUAGACUCCAUGGUGUACAAGCUCUUCCGCCAACCACAGGAUUACGACGUCAUUGUCGCGCCCAACCUUUACGGCGACAUCCUAUCCGAUGGCGCCGCAGCACUCGUCGGCUCCCUCGGUCUGGUUCCUUCUGCCAAUGUCGGCAAGGACUUCGUGAUUGGUGAGCCAUGCCAUGGGUCUGCGCCCGACAUCGAGGGCCAGGGCAUUGCGAACCCCAUCGCGACCAUUCGAUCAACAGCUUUGAUGCUUGAAUUCAUUGGCGAAGAGGAGGCGGCGGCCAAGAUCUACAAGGCUGUUGAUGCGAAUCUUGAGGAGGCUAAGCUACUUAGCCCUGACAUGGGGGGUAAGGCGAAAACGGACGAGAUCAUUGAGGAUAUUUGUAGGAGGUUGUAG